AUGGCGCGGAUGGCGACAACACCUGCAGCAACGCCAACGGUCCCAACAGCAAGUGCGCCAACAGUGCCAACAGCACCUGCUGCUGCAUCGUCGUCGUCACCGGUCAAGUUGAAGAUCACGCUCGGUCCUCCAAAGACGACAACAGGCGGCGAUGGCGCGGAUGGCGUGGCCACGAAGAAGCCAAAGCUUGCAGAGUCACGCGCGUGA